AUGUCACCGCUCCCCCACGUCCUCGCAACGAUCCUCUCCCUCGAGCUCCUCCUCGGCGGUCAAGCCCGUCUCCCCUUCUCCCCAACCCCGUCCCUCUACAACCGCGCCAUGGCGAAAGCCGACGGCACCCUCGCCGCCUUCCCCUUCGUGCCCCUGGACGCCGUCACCUUCACGCAGGUCAUCGGUGUUGCGAUGUGCCUUGCCUCUGUCGGUGUAGCCUUGCCGGCGACGAGAGUGGCGGGGUCGGUCCUGUCGGGGUGUUUGUCGCUGAUGGGCGUGUGGAGUCAGUGGAGGAUGGAGAUACCGUAUUGGCUGCCGGUGGUCAACACGGGACUGGCAAUGGCUAUAUGGACUGUUUCAUAG